AUGCGAACAAAGAUAUAUAUUAUCGGGUUUGUUGUGACUUUCAUCUCUUUGACGACACUCCUCCUCUUCUCCGCGACGUUCUACGCAUUAGUUUUUAAUGAAAAACCAGCGAUUUUCGCGAAGAAGUCUAUAAAGGGAGACACUUUCCAGUACCCCGAGACUAUGAAAGGGUAUAACACGUACUCCCUCUCUUCGACAAAGUUCCAAGUCAUUUUUGUUUCUGAUAACGAUAAGUACAACAAAGGUUUGGACACUUAUGGCGUAUCUAAAGUAGGAUUUGGUCACAUUGAAUUUAAAGAUGGUCAAUGGACGUUUACUCCAAAUGAUGCAAAGAAGUUUGAAGUCAAGGCUUUGUACCAGUACAAUAAACGAGGGACCGAAUUUUCCGAGAUCAUAAGUUACAAUGGAGAGCUCUAUGUGUUUGACGAUAAGACGGGUAUUGGUCACAAAUUGGACACGGUGAACAAGAAGGUCUAUCCAAGACUUAUUAUGGCAGAUGGGAUGGGAAAUUUAGUCACAGGAUUUAAGCACGAAUGGGCGACAAUAAAAGGUGACCAACUGUACUUAGGCAGUCAAGGCCUUGACUCUAUAAAUCAAGAUGGGACUUAUGGGAGAACGAACAAAUAUAGUGUUCAAAUAGUCAAUACAAACGGCUCAUAUGUAACAAUCAACUUCUCGAAUGUAUAUAAGUCCCUUGAGACAUUGAUCAACAUCAAUUUGCCGGGGUACACAAAUAUGGAAGGGGUGACUUACUCUAAUAUGAAGAAGAAGUGGUACUUCGCGCCACGUAAAGUGUCCAAUACAUUUUAUUCUGACGAUCACGACGUUAUUUCGAGUGGGAAGUACAUCUUUACCAUGGACGAAGACUUCAAGAAUCCAACAGUUAAAGAAGAUGUACAGUUCAACGAAACAAGAGGAUUUUCAACACUCAAAUUAUUACCGUUCCACGAGGACUUGAUCGUCUAUAUCAAAACAUAUGAAAACGGGGCUGCUUUACAGUCGUGGAUAGGUAUGACCAAUGCAGAUGGAGCGAAAAUGAUGGAAGAAGUUUCUCUAGGAAAUGAUAAGUACGAAGGGCUUGAGAUCAUUCCACUCGAUGCUUAA